UGGAAGGCUAAAAGUUGAGGAAGCCGGCGGCGUUCGUCGCGAUACGAAGACGACUGUGAUUUUUUUUGUUUUUUUGUCCGGAAAAACUAAACAAGCCCGAUGACACAGUGAAAAAAGUACUCCCAUCUUCAGCAUCCUUCCAGGCUGUCUUGUUUGAAGUUCCUGCUGAGGGAGCUGCAAACAUGUUCCAUCCAUCCAACAGCAGCGCUACCCUCUGCCAGUCCCCACCCAUGCCCAAGUGGCUCUGGCUCUGCAUCUCCAAGUCCCUUGGCAUCAAGACCCACCCGCAGGACAAGCCCGUCCUGGCCACAGUUUUGUUCAUCUUCACGCUGGUCUGCAUCCUGACCUACUUCAUCACCUGCACAUGGUACGUGGUCUAUGACAUCGAGGCCACCUCCACCAAGUUUGACGUCCUGAACGGUUCGGUCAUUGUCAUCAUGGCGGCCGGCUUUUGCUGUAUCACCAUCUACGCCAACCUCCUGGCCUUCAAGCUCUUCACGAAUCCGGUCUUCCGCCAGAGCUUGCGGCUUCACUCUAAGACCGUCCUGAAGGUCAAUGUGUCCAUCCUGUUGGCGGUUCUUAGCCUCUUGUUCAUUGGCAUAUAUGCCUACAUCUCCUACUGUUCAGAGUUUGGGGCCCAACCCUGUGAGGAAGUGAAGCUGAACCCCUUAAUUUGCUACAUUCGCUACCCAAGUCAAACGACGCUGUCCAUUGUUUCUUUCCUUUGGAACCUUUUGGUGGCUGUUGUAUGUCUGUCUGUUUGCCGCACUCAUACUAUCAGCAUCCGCCAUUUCUUGCUGGAGCUAGACGAUGACGCAGUGAUCUAUGAGAUGCAGAACCGGCACACUGUGGUUUCCAUCACAACAACCGAUGGUGUAGCCAUCCCCGUGAAUGCAUCGGAGGAGUCCAGAGAUGCAAACAGCACGGUAGAUAUCAAGGAGAAUCUUGAUGUUCGCCAAAUCGAAGCCGCGUGGGACAGGAGUGAGUUUGAGCGUAGGCAGCAUCGCGUGUCAACCUGUCUCACCGACGGGCACAUUGUGGCAGCUGACGAGGAGGAAGGCCUGGAGCAGGAACUGCCAGACACGGCAGCCGAUAGGCGGCCAAGAAUGANACAGGACGGUGGCCGGCGGCAGAGAGAAUCCGUCACAUCGGCUUUCACCCACACGCCAGCCGUGAAACCCCUGACAAAUGCUGAGAUUCUGGAUAGAUACUGGAGGCUACAGUGUCGCCUGAACACAACGUCGGCCAUCUUGCAGCGGUGGAUUACCAGCUGGAUCAUCUUGAUACUCCUGUGGAGUCUCUACUACCUCAUGUACUGGAUCGACCACGACGCCAGCAUCUGGGACAUGAUCGUCUUCUUCAUCCCGCUGGCGCUGCUGCCGUUGCUGUGCUCUGGCCCCAUCGAGGUCAACGGGGAAGGGGAACGAGUAGCCAAGAUGAUUUGCCCAAUUCAAGAACGCAUGCCAGUUAUUAUGUUCAUCAGACAGGCCCCACUUGCAUUCACCAUCUACGGAUUUGUGCUGAAUUACUCCACUAUUAUCACGGCCAUUUUGGCCAUCGCUGUUGCCUUUGGCACCAAAAUCAUCCUGGGAAAUUUCACGGUCACCAGAGUACCCGCCACCACAGCUUUGCCCUCUUGGCAGGUAUAGGGUAGACCUGUGCAUUUCAUCACCGAUUCUGACCCAGGUCUGGUGAUCCAUCAUCAUCAUCAUGGUGACAACAGUGCACCAACAGUGCACCAGCAGCGCACCGGCGUUGCUCAGUGGCUAACCUGAUAAGUUAAUCGUCCGUUUUAAUUGUUCAGCGUUCAAAGUGGCUUGUUGUAACUGAUUGAGACUGAUUCCAACAAUCCUCUGUUACUGUCAGCUGUAGCUAUUGUUAUGGU